CACCCCCAUAGCAGGUGGCAGCCGUCGGGGGCCACCACCGAGCGCCGUCCCCCGUCCCCUUGUCCCCCCCGUCCCCCGCCCCGCGCCCCCCGGCCAUGCAGGCCGCGCCGCCGCCCGCCCCCACCGUCAUCAUGCACCAGGGCUACGCGGCCGUGCUGUGUGUCCUGGCCGUGCUGAGGCUGGAGGCUGCCGCGCUGGGCGAGUGCGAGCUGGCGCAGCUGCUGCAGGACCAGCUGCGCUACGAGAAGCGCCUGCAGUACACGAAGCACUACUUCCCCGUGGGAUACACGCUGCGGGUCCAGUACGAGGAGGUGCUGAGGCCGGCCAACAUCACCCGCCUGCGCGCCGGGGCGGCCUCGGAGGCCUCGCUGCGCUACCUGUGGUUCCACGUCAGCGCGCAGGCGGUGCAGCGGAUCCGCGAGGUGCUGCCCGAGCAGCACCCGUCGUGGCCCUACGCCCGCGACCUGGGCCGGCUGCUGGACGCCCUGGGCCGGGAGUACGGGCAGUACCGGCAGGUGGGGAGGGGAAGGGCCCGCGGCGCUGGGGACGGGAGGGAGGGCCGGGGGGGUCCCCACAUCUGGCAUUG